GCUCCUAGAACAUCAGAUCCCAGUAAAGAACACAUCUCUCACGAAUCCAAAUUCCUCUGGCCUUUCAAUUCUUGAUAGAUUACCAACAAUGAUCAUUGUCGAUGCUCUUGUUUCCAAUGUCAUCCAACAAUUGGUUACGAUCGUCCAAAAUGAGAUCCAACAAGAGGUACAAGUGGUCGUGGGAGUGAAAAAGGACAUCAAGAAGCUCUCUACUACUCUUAUGAAAAUCCAGGCUCUGCUCAAGGAUGCUGAAGACAGGCAAAUGAAGGAAAAUUCAGUGCAGCUUUGGUUACAGGAACUGAAAGAUGUAGCCUAUGACAUUGAUGAUGUGUUAGAUGAGUGGGGCACUGAAAUUCUCAAAUCAUCAAUUGUAGAGGGAGUCGAUGAUCAUGAUAAGAAGGUAUGCCCUGCCAACUUGUUUGUUUCUCCUCGCUUUUGUUUCAAGCAAUUUGGUUUGCGCCAUGACAUUGGUCAUAAGAUUAAGGAUAUAAAAGAAAAACUAGAUGACAUUGCAAGUGACAAAGAGAAGUUUGGUUUUAUUCAGACUACUACUGCUAUUAGAAAUGAAUUAAUUAUAGAUGAUGAGUCGAGGAGGAGGAGGAGACUAGAAACUAGCUCCCUUGUUGAUGUCUCAGAGGUGUUUGGUCGUGACAUGGAUAAAGAUAUCAUAAUAAGCAAGUUGAUAAGUGAGGGCAGUAGUCAACAAGAUGAAAUGGUUUCUGAUCAUGUCCCUCCCAUGCUAAUCUCCAUUGUGGGCAUGCCUGGUUUGGGUAAAACAACACUUGCCCAACUCACCUUCAAUGAUGAAAGGGUGAAGAACCAUUUCGAUAAGAGAAUAUGGGUACACGUGUCUAAACCUUUUGAUAAAUAGAAGGUCGCCAUGCAUAUUAUUGAUGAAAUCAGUAGUUGUGGGAAUAAUAUUGUCUCCCAAGGUGGUGGUCAUCAUAUUGCAUGGGAGGUUGUGCAUCGUCAAUUGACUAGUUCUAUCCAAGGAAUUCAUUUCCUACUCAUCUUAGAUGAUGUGUGGACUGAGGAUCAUAGUUUGUGGGAUCCAUUGUGACUUUCCCUCAUAUGCAGU